AUGGCCAAGGAAGGGACUGAUGGUGCCUUUAUAGUGGUUGUACGUGCUGAAGAAGCUAUCGUCGAAAGUGCGAGUGGAAGUGUUAUUGGUAACCGAUUGUCAAUUAUGAGAUCAGCCGUUGUACAAUUACUGGAUACUUUGCAAGAAAACGAUUUCGUCACCAUUGUUUCUUUCAACAAAAAUGCUCGUUAUUUAAAGGACUGCUGGAAGCAUUUAGUACAAGCCACGGAGAGAAAUAAGAAGAUAUUAAAAGCUGCAGUGAUGGAUGAUUCUGUCAAGGGAAAAAAUGUUGCUAACGUUGACAAAGGGUUUAAACUGGCGUUUACAGCUCUUGAGGAGGCACGUGAAAUGAAAUGUUUUGAUAAAUAUAACAGCGAAAAAAAAGUUCGAGUGUUCACUUACUUGGUUGGUCGUGAAAACGGAAGUCCUUUUGAAGCAGUAAAGUGGAUUGCUUGUAAUAACAAUGGGUUUUUUUACAGGAUUGAAACGUUGAGUGAUGUUCGUGAAAACAUUGUGAAAUACGUGACAGUUUUAAGUCGUUCAAGAGAUGAGAAGGCCAAAUGGACACCAAUGUAUUCGGACGCUCAGGGACUUGGUAUGACGUCGGCUCUUGUACUUCCUAUUUUUGAUCAGAGAAAGAAACUUGUUGGUGUGCUUGGCUCUGAUGUUCGUUUAGAUGAGAUUUUAGCCAUGUUUCCGGAGCCACAUCUGGGUGCUGGCGGUUAUCCAUUUGCAAUAACUAACAAUGGAUUGGUUUUCUUCCAUCCACUAUUAAAUAAAGAGGAGGAAACCACAUUGAAGGAUCGUAUCAGUGUUUACUUAUCUGAGGUCAUGCCCCACUUUGAUGAUCCCGACAGAGAUCAGAAGCUUGCGAAAGAGAUGAUAGACGGAAAGAAAAACGACUUGGGGUAUUCAAGAUCUCUUGUCUUGGCGAAGUAUGAUGAUAAGUUUCGUAUUGUAAAAAGAAAAUUGAAUUAUUCAUACGAACACAUCAGCGGCACCUCCUUCAGUGUUGGUAUAGCUAUGACAGACUAUGGAUCUUCUGUAAUCAGUGCACCACAAAGAAAGAACCAAUAUGAAAAAGAUAUUAAGAAAGCGUCCGAAGCUUUACAACAAGCAGGAAUUAAUAUUUCAGUUGGAAAAAACUGGCCUUAUUGCUCUGGACAAAUAAACAACUGGACAGAGUUAAAAAACAGCCUGGAAAAGUCUGAAUGCGAAAAGAAUACUGACUUGAUCGACCAUGUUAUUUUCGACAUCACUGAGCUUGGCCUUGGGUCUGCUUGGAAGCCAGGGGAAAUAAGUUCAGAUAGGAUUAAGGCUAUUUUCAUUGGAACAACAUCAGGAUUGACAUUUUACAA